GAGCGAAAAUGUAAAAUUAUACAAGGACAAAUUAAAUCGGUGUAGGGUUUAACUAGAAUGCUUAUCUCAAUACGCAUUUCUAUACGUAGUUAAUAACCCCUCCGAUGCGGGAUACUAACCUUACAAAAUACAGUGAUACUAGCUCUCAGUAUAGUACCAAUUCACACGAACAAGUUGCUUUUAAAUUGUGAGAGAUUCAUUAAGAUAUAGAGAUUACUUCCUGUAAAGCGGAUACGCGUGACAAAAAGCUACAGGCUUGCGCUGUAGUUCUGUACGCACCUGGCGGAUCCUGGUUUAUAGGUGGGUCCUGGUGACGCCCUCACACGCCAAAGCGCAUGCGCACUAACAGGCUGCCGCGGGGAAUCCUCGCUAGGCGUGCGAAUGAAUGAUCGCGUAAAUGACAUUAAACUUAAGAUGAGCGCUGGCGCCUCAUUGUCAGUCUUAGUUUUUAAAGAUGCACAUCGCCAACAUUUCGAUAUUAUGGUAAUCGCAGUAGCGCACUAAACUGAGCUUACUUCCCGUAAACAAGAGUACGGCUUCUACUUUGGAAAUGCGCCAAUAUAAACCCGUCCAGUUUGACGGCUGCUCGGAGCAAAUAUUUACAUACUGACGUACUUAAUGUAACACGUAGCAGAGGCUUUCAGACGCCUUGUAAAAACUUCAGGUCUGGAACUACAGUUUUACAUUAAGCAGAAAUGCACGGUGUCCCAUAACUUAUUUGUGAUAAAUGAGAAGGACACAGAUGUCUUACCGUUAUGGUGCAUUUUGAACGAACAAGUAUGUUAUAGGAUUUAAACACCAAGAUGCACCUGCUCCCCGAGGCGCCUCAUCUCUGGAUAUAUAAUUGACACACGUUCCUUGAAUAGGGGUUUGAUUUCAGGAAAACUGUGACUGCACUUGUGUGGUCAUGGAGCCACCACCCUGUAGCAGAUCGAGCAUGGAGGAUGGGCCGGUCCCACUGAGGCCUCCACUCACUGGCCGGGACAGUGGACAUGUCCAGGACCUCUUCCAUGAGGACGCUCAGGGAUCUCAGAGCCAAACCCAGCCCUGGUGGAAAGUGAAGCUCUUUGUCUGGGAGCCCGUGCUUUUCGGAACCUGGGAUGGGGUCUUCACCACCUGCAUGAUCAACAUUUUCGGCGUGGUGCUGUUUCUCCGCACCGGUUGGCUGGUGGGAAACACAGGAGUGUGUCUGGGCAUGCUGCUGGUGUCGCUGGUGGUACUGGUGGCCCUGGUGACAGUCAUGUCGGGCAUCGGGGUGUGCGAGAGGUGCAGCGUGGGGGAAGGAGGGGUGUACUCCAUGAUCUCCACUGUCCUGGGGGGCCGAAUAGGGGGCUCGGUGGGGCUCCUCUACAUCUUUGGCCAGUGUGUGGCAGGGGCUAUGUACAUCACAGGGUUCUCUGAGUCCAUUGCCCAGAUCCUGGGCCUCACCAGCACGUGGGUGGUCCGCGGGAUGUCUGUGGUGGUGCUGCUCGGCCUGCUGGGAAUCAACCUGGCCGGUGUCAAGUGGAUUGUCCGGCUCCAGCUGCUGCUGCUGGCCAUCCUGGCUGUGUCCACCCUGGACUUUGUCAUUGGAUCCUUCUCUCAUCUCGACCCAGAUCAUGGCUUUGUCGGAUACUCAGAGGCUUUGCUCCAGGGGAACGCGCUGCCCGACUACACGCCCGGGGAGACUUUCUUCACAGUCUUUGGUGUCUUCUUUCCUGCUGCCACCGGUGUGAUGGCCGGUUUCAAUAUGAGCUCGGACCUCCAGAGACCUGAGCAGAACAUCCCACUGGGAACGCUGGCAGCAGUCUGCACCUCGUGGUUCUUUUACCUCGUCUUUGUGUUUCUUCUGGGAGCAAUUUGUACCAGAGAUGCUCUGCGAUAUGAUUUCUUAAUCGCCGAGAAGGUCUCCUUGGUUGGCUUCCUUUUUCUCCUGGGCCUUUACAUCUCCUCGCUGGCUUCCUGCAUGGGUGGCCUGUACGGGGCUCCCAGGAUUCUUCAGUGCAUCGCCCAAGAGAGAGUCAUCCCCUCCCUCAGCUUCCUAGGAAAAGGGAAAGGACCCAACAAGACUCCAGUGGCGGCCAUUUGUCUAACCAGUCUACUCACCAUGGCUUUCAUCUUCGUUGGCCAAGUGAACAUUUUGGCCCCUAUUGUCACUAUCAACUUCAUGCUGACGUACAGCAUCAUUGACUACUCCUACUUCUGUGUUGCCAUGAGCUUUGACCUCCAGGCUAAGGAAAUUAAGUAUCUUCCCAAGCAGCUGUCCACUCAUGGUCCCAGAAGAGCCCUCCUGGGUGCCAGCCCCUCUGGAUAUGGAACUGCCCUACCAAACCAGAGCAAUGGGACGUUGUUGGAGUUCACAAAAGACAUGGACCAGAUAUUACAACCCCAGAAAUCAGAAGUGGAGAAAAUGUGCACCACAGGUGGAAGGCCUAGCACCCCUGGUAGACAAGCCCUGAUGGAAAGUUUUGGGUUAGAAUUGGGGAGGAACGUGCCCUCAGAUAUGGGAGAACUUGGAUCCUCAGGGAUGGAAUAUAGCCAGGAGUUAGGAGAGCCAGAUAAGCUUGAAGAGAGCUUACAGAAGGAAGCAACUGGCACACAAGAAUCCCAGUUGGGAGUCGAGGAACCCCAUGAUGAUAGACAGGCCGAAACUUGUCCUUGGGGAACCACAGAUAUCAGCUGUAAUCCAAAAGCACUUCUGGACAGCACAGAUUCAGCUUCUAAACAAACGUGUCUUGGACCAGGAAUUCAACGAAUGCCAAAGUCAUUUUACUCAAGAUUUUUUAACCGCUGGAUUGCAUUAGCUGGUGCGUGCUGCUCUGUCCUGAUCAUGUUUGUCAUACAGUGGGUCUACGCCCUGAUGAAUAUACUCGUUGCUCUUCUCCUCUUCUUUUAUAUUGGAAAAUCAAGCCCUGGUCUCCCGUUAGGAACGUCUGCACGGUUCAGCUUGGUCAAAUGGAUUCGGGCGACUCUGAAGAACGUCGGCAGGGGAGAGUGCACCCCCGAGGACCGCAUCGUAUUGACUCCCUCUUUCUCGAUGGUUGGCAUGGAGACCCAGCAGCUGACCGAGGACAACGCUGACUUCGCGUCGCGCGGCAGAUACCACCACUCCUCCUACGUUAGUGCAGAUGGGCUCACGCGCCAUCUGCAGUGAGCCCCUCAAGGACCGUCUGCUAUUCUGUCUGUGCGAAUGCUAUGAUUUUGACUUAAAAUUGUGCACAUACUGGCUGUUUGGCAUCUGAAUUAUGAAUCAAAUAAUGAUUUGUGUAAAAAAUAGAGUCAAAGAACUAGAAUUUAAGGGUAUAUAAGCCAACACCAAUUAUGGAUUUAUAACACCCGCUGCUAAUAAAUCUUUCUUUGCCCCCUU